UGAUAGUCGGAGAGAUUGCAAAUUUUGUGGCAUAUGCGUUUGCUCCGGCGGUUCUUGUCACUCCUCUGGGUGCAUUGAGUAUAAUUGUCAGUGCUGUACUGGCUCAGAUUAUUUUGAAGGAAAAGUUGCAUCCGCUUGGAAUUUUGGGUUGUGUCCUGUGCAUUGCUGGUUCUGUCGUGAUAGUUGUCCAUGCACCACAGGAGCAUCCUAUCUCUUCUGUCAAAGAAAUAUGGUACAUGGCAACUCAGAAAGCAUUUUUGCUCUACGUGGGAUCGGCGAUUGUCUUGGUUUUCAUUCUUGUCUUCUACUUUGCUCCUCAAUGUGGACACUUAAAUGCCCUUGUUUUCACUGGAAUCUGCUCAUUGAUGGGUUCUCUCACGGUUAUGAGUGUUAAAGCUCUUGGUACUUCACUAAAGCUAACUGUUGAGGGAAAGAACCAGCUAAUCUAUCCGGAAACCUGGGUUUUUAUGCUUGUUGUGGUAGUUUGUGUCGUUACACAAAUGAACUAUCUCAAUAAGGUGAGUAGCUGCUGUUCUAGCUAGGAGAUUCUAAGAGUGCCCAGAAAUUUUGCAGCUUAACCUGUUGGCCCGUUCUCUUUCUUUAAAUUCCUUGUUUCGUUUCCUUUCUGCCUCUCUUUUUCCGCGGAUCUUGUGUUUUUCCUGUUUAUCAUUUAUAGAAGUAAGAACUAGGAGACAGUGAUAGUUAUGACACAAAGAUGGAUUUAGGUAAACGUUUUGGGCCAAUUGCUCUGCUAGUACUUCUCUUACUGAUAAUUAACUAAUGAAAAUAUCAAUAAAACUAGAAAGA